UUCUUCCCCCGCAGCCAUGAAUACCGACGAAGCCUUGAUUUCGCUGCUGGUGAUGGCGGGCACCAUCUUCGUGGUGGGCACGUGCAGGCAGCUGGCCCACCGGGCGCUACUCCGGCGGACUUCCAACUGGUUCAGUUUCGCCCAGGAACUGACGGCCACUUUCCAGAUCUGCGCUUGCACCCACGAACUCUGCCUGCUGGGCAGCCUCCUGCCCCGUCCGCAGAUCGCCCUUUGGCUGACGUACAUUUUCACCGUCCUCCACGGCUGGACGUUGACGGGCAGCGUGGGCAACCCGGCCAGCAGCAUCCAACAGUUUUACAAAGGGCAGCUGGGGGUCCGCGCCUGGUGCCUGCAGACCUCGGCGCAGUUCGCGGCGGCCGUCUUGGCGCACCUGUGCAUGAAAUUGAUCUGGAUGGCGGGAUUCACCUCUGCCCACUUAAGAGCGCUGCCCGACGUCUGCAGCAACCCCAUCCAAACGACCAUCGCCAACGCCUUCGGCCUGGAGUUUCUCUUCUCCUUCCUCUUACACCUGACUUUGCUCCAACUUCAGGCCAUGAACCCCACGAUGAAAGUCCACCUCAUCGCGCUGCUGAUCACGUCUUUCGUCUACGCAGGAGGAAAUCUGACUGGUGCGGUUUUUAAUCCAGCUCUGGCUUUUUCUCUGCACGGAAGCUGUUUCAUAGACCAGUUCUGGGAUUACCUGCUGGUGUAUUGCAUCGCGCCCUGCGCAGGAUCUAUGUUCGUUUCUCUUAUAUGGGACGAAGUUCUCCCUGGGCUGUACAGAGAUAUUUAAAGGCUGGGAAGACAGAUGUGCGAGCAUCGCAUUACGAAAACGGAUGCAAAUUUUCUCUCAUUUUCCCGGAGACCAACAUCGAAGUAUUCUUAACA